ACCACUGUGGUUAAACCGAAAUACGCUUGAACCUGAACUUUGUUCAGUUGGGUCGAGCUGCUAUAGUGCAACAUAUAUGAGUUGUUUUCCAGUAACAAUGAACAGGAGCGUAGGGACAGUGUCAGCGAUUAAAGCUUUAGGGUACCCGGGCGUUUCCUGCCUCACACGGUGUAAAUGUGAUGAACUGCCCUGUCCGCUGCUCACCUGGCUGACUGCAGAGCUGAGGGCUCUCUGUCCAGAGCUGCAAGACUCAAACAGGACGCGUGAUGUCUUGCUGGUGGAAGAGCUGAGACAUUUACUGUCAAACAUGUUCUCUCCCCUCACUGAGCUGACAUCACGGGUGCUGGAGCCGUGCAUCCUCAACAAAGUCACUGAGUUCCUCGUAUCAGAACUGCAAGCAGCUCACAUAAUCAAGUAUAAAGGGUUGCAUUCUGAGGAGGAAACAACAAAGGAGGAGUCUGAAAAAGAGCAGCGAGUUGAAGAUCACAGUCAUGAACUCGCUGAGUUUUGUCUGGAAUAUGAAGACGACGAUGUUUCCGAUAAAGACCAAAGGAAGGCUGAGAUACAAGCAGAAUGGAUAUUAUUGCUGCGCGCCCUUGACAUGGACACCUCCUCUCCAUUUACAGAUGUGUUGAGUGAGGUGGAGUCGAGGCUUGCUCGUCUACCAUGUGGAGCGAUGACAAACCCUCUUCUUAACACCGUCCUCAGCCCAGAGCAGUGGAUGCAAGUUCAAAAGCUUAAUCAAGUUCUGUCAAAGGACUACAAGUGUCGUCGACAGAUGAUGAUCAAACGCUUCCAGGUUACACUGGAGUCAUUUGCAUGGGGAGAAAAACAAAAGGAACGCAGUAAAGUGCUGGCCUCAGUGGCUCCUCUUUCCUCUCUCGCCGGCUCUUCCCUCGUCUCUCCGUCUCUUCUGAUUGCUACGAGAGAAGAUAAGUCCUUCAUGGAGCCAAUCAAGGCUGGAACAAGCACUCCCAUCUACCAGAUGUUGAUGGGCGAAGUACCAGACAGAGGAGGACGACCAGGGGAAAUUGAGCCACCUAUGCCAGGAUGGGGAGAGCGAAGAGAGAAAGGACGAGGAAAUGGGCACCAUCAACGACGUAGAUUUUCAGAUAAAAAGAAGAAAGGGAAAAAAGACUAACGUCUCUUUUCGUCUUUGGAUUUACUGCCCAAUUUGAGAAAUAAGUUUUUGUUAUUUAAAUCCUUAUUAUGAAGCAGUGAAUGCUGCAUAUGAUAUAAUUUUAUAGCUAUAAUUGUUUGCAUUGUUCUUUGUUUUAGUACAUACCUGAUUGUACGCUUCUAAAAAAGCUUGUCAUAACCAUAAUGUACUGGUAUUUGACGAGAUAUUUUUGUUGAAUGAAUGAAACAAAAAGCUAAAUAAUGUUCACUAAAUAAUAAACCUAUUAAUUACAGAAA